ACCCUACUCGAUCUCCCCUCCCCGUCUCCUCGCGAGUUCGAUCGCCCACCGCCUGAGCCGAUCCAUCUCGCGCGAUCCCGCGAGCUGCGUCGCCGUAGCCGCCUCCUCCUCCUCCAUCAUCAUGGACUUGCUAGUGUCGCUCGUCGACCUCCUCUUCCCCCCCAGCCACCCUCCGGCCAUGUACUCCAUAACCGCCGCGCCGGCGACGGUGUCCCACCUCGUCAGGAUCGACGGCUACUCCCGCACCAAGAACCUCCGCAGGGGAAGGUUCAUCGAGGCCAUGAACUUCACCGUCGGCGGCCACCGCUGGUUCAUCCGGUUCUACCCCAACGGCCACGGCCCCCGCGAUGUCGGCGUCGUCUCCGUCUACGUCGGCAUCGCGGGCGCCUACCGCCGCGGCGGCGGCGACGCCAAGCCGGUCAUCGCCGACGCCAGGUUCAGCCUCGUGGACCGCGACGGGAGGCCGGCGCCGCCGUCGUUCGUCCAGGGCAUGCCCGCCGUCGACUUCUCCGGGAACGACUUCGGGAUGAACAUCAAGAGGGCGGAGCUCGAGACGUCGGGGUUUCUCAAGGACGACGGCUUCCUCGUCCGCUGCGAACUCGGAUUCGUCAACAGCGCCGGCGACGGCGACGGCCGCAGAGGGGUUCAGAUCAAGGAGGGGAUCAAGGUGCCACCGCCCAACCUGCACCGCCACCUCGCCGAUCUCCUCUGGAAGAACCAAUCCAGCGGCGACGUCUUCAUCGAGGUCCAGGGGAAGACGUUCACGGCGCACCGGUGGAUGCUCGCGGCGAGAUCGCCGGUCAUGGCGGCCGAGCUCUCGUCAUCCGACUCCGACGACGCGGCCUACACCGACGCCGACGCCACCAAGAACACAAUGAUGACGCUGCGCGUCGACGACGACAUGGACGCCGAGACGUUCAGGGCGCUGCUCCACUUCAUCUACACCGACGCGCUGCCGCCGCCGCCCCAGCCCCGCGCCCGCGACACGAAGGAGAAGGAGGACGAGGCGGCGGCGGCCGAGGCGGCGAGGCGGCUGCACGCGGCGGCGGCGAGGUACGGGAUGGAGAGGCUGCAGCUGAUGUGCGAGGACGCGCUGUGCAGGAGCCUGAGCGUCCUCACGGUGGCGUCGACGCUGGUGUUCGCGGAGAAGCACGGAUGCCGCGUGCUCAAGGCGGCGUGCCUGGACUUCCUCUCGUGCAAGAGGAAGCUGAGGCAGGUGACGAGGCUGGACGAUGACUUCCGUCUGCUCACCACCACUUGCCCUUCCGUUAUCAAGGAGCUCUUCGCGCAGGUCUUGAAGUAGACAAGACACAUAACAUAAUAUAACAUAAUAUGAGAUUUGCUCCGGUUAAUAAAAAAUAUCUCGAGAUAUCGAUACCUCACCUCACGGUAUAAAAUUAUUUCUGAUUGUUGGAUCUAGCUACGUAUAAUGUGCAUUGUUAGAUUCAACGAUCGGAAAUGAUUUGGUAUAAUGAGAUACCGGUAUCUCAAUAUAUAUUUUUUUUUGAACCGGAGUAAAUCUCAAAUAAUAUAGGUUUCCAUUGGUAUCUUGGAAUUAAAUAUAUGCUGGAGGUAUGAUUUAUAAGUUAUUAAUACUAGAAACUGUUGGUAGUUUUCGUAUUCGUUACAUAUGCUGGAGGUAUGAUUUAUAAGUUAUUAAUACUAGAAACUGUUGGUAGUUUUCGUAUUCGUUUAUUAUAACGUGGAGAGUAUAAUGACAAAAAAGUU